CGUAUUGGUAACUUAUAGUUCGUGAUCGCAUAGUGACGUGUCUCGUGUCGUGUCAAAAGUUUAAAGAAUUUGGAAAAGGUGAUGUCUAAUUAAUUACGCUUUGAACAAUUAGUUAAACCAAGAUGUUGACGAAGUUCGAGACGAAGUCUGCUCGAGUAAAAGGCUUGUCUUUUCAUCCGAAACGUCCCUGGGUGCUAGCGAGUUUGCAUAAUGGCGUUAUACAAUUGUGGGAUUACCGUAUGUGCGCCUUGCUCGACAAAUUCGACGAACACGAUGGACCCGUUCGAGGCAUAUGCUUCCAUAAUCAACAGCCGUUGUUUGUUUCUGGCGGAGACGAUUAUAAGAUUAAAGUUUGGAAUUACAAACAACGGAGAUGUAUCUUUACUCUUUUGGGACACUUGGAUUAUAUCAGGACCACAAUGUUUCAUCAAGAAUAUCCUUGGAUCCUCAGUGCUUCAGAUGAUCAGACUAUUCGAAUUUGGAACUGGCAAAGUCGCACUUGCAUUUGUGUACUGACUGGACAUAAUCAUUAUGUAAUGUGUGCCCAAUUUCAUCCUACGGAAGACAUUAUUGUGUCAGCUUCGUUGGAUCAAACGGUCCGAGUUUGGGAUAUUUCCGGAUUACGCAAGAAGAACGUGGCGCCAGGUCCGGGAGGUCUCGAGGAUCACCUAAAGAAUCCAGGAACGACCGAUUUAUUUGGUCAGGCCGACGCAGUAGUAAAAUAUGUUUUGGAAGGUCAUGACAGAGGCGUAAACUGGGCAUGCUUUCACGGAACGUUGCCUCUUAUUGUCUCUGGAGCAGAUGAUAGACAAAUCAAAAUGUGGCGGAUGAAUGAUGCUAAGGCUUGGGAAGUAGAUACAUGUCGCGGUCAUUACAACAACGUAUCUUGUGUACUGUUUCAUCCUAGACAGGAUCUCAUUCUCUCUAAUUCAGAAGAUAAGAGUAUCAGAGUCUGGGACAUGACAAAACGCACGUGUUUACAUACAUUUAGGAGGGAACACGAGAGAUUCUGGGUUCUUGCCGCACAUCCAACGCUUAAUCUUUUUGCUGCCGGUCACGAUUCUGGAAUGAUUAUUUUCAAACUCGAGAGAGAACGGCCCGCGUAUGCGGUUUACGGAAAUGUUCUUUAUUACGUGAAGGACCGUUUUCUUCGAAAACUAGAUUUUACCACGUCAAAGGAUACAUCGGUAAUGCAGAUACGCGGCGGAGGAAAAACACCACCCUACAGCAUGUCGUACAACCAGGCGGAAAAUAGCGUUUUAAUAUGCACAAGAUCGUCUUCAAAUAUCGAAAAUAGUAGUUAUGAUUUGUACAUGAUACCGCGCGAGGGAGAUUCAAACACGGAUGCUGAGACGAAACGGGCAUCUGGUGUUACCGCCAUUUGGGUUGCUAGAAAUCGAUUUGCUGUUUUGGAUAGAGCAUAUUCGUUAGUAAUCAAGAAUUUGAAGAAUGAAGUUACUAAAAAAGUGCAAAUUCCGAAUUGUGAUGAAAUAUUUUACGCUGGCACCGGCAUGUUACUUUUGCGUGAUCCAGAACAAGUAACGCUAUUUGACGUACAACAAAAGAGAACAUUGGCAGAAGAAAAAAUCGCAAAAUGUAGAUACGUCGUGUGGUCUAGCGACAUGUCUCAUGUCGCAUUGCUGGCCAAACAUACCGUUAACAUUUGUAAUCGUCGGUUAGAGUCUCUCUGUUGCAUACACGAAAACACUAGAGUGAAAUCCGGCGCUUGGGACGAUUCUGGCGUAUUUAUUUACACGACCAGUAAUCACAUUAAAUAUGCGAUCAGCAACGGUGAUUACGGCAUUAUUCGUACGUUAGAUUUGCCGAUAUAUGUCACGAGAGUAAAAGGCAAUCAAGUUUAUUGCUUGGAUCGAGAGUGCAAGCCAAGGAUUCUGCGAAUAGACCCGACUGAAUACAAAUUCAAGCUAGCGCUGAUCAACAGGAAAUACGAAGAAGUUUUACACAUGGUUCGUACCGCGAAUCUUGUUGGACAAUCAAUUAUAGCAUACUUGCAGCAGAAAGGAUAUCCAGAAGUGGCGCUUCAUUUUGUAAAAGAUGAAAAGACUAGAUUUGGUCUUGCGCUUGAAUGUGGAAAUAUCGAAGUCGCAUUGGAAGCGGCGAGAUCGCUCGAUCAGAAAUCAUGCUGGGAGAGUUUAGCGCAAACCGCUUUGCUGCAAGGCAAUCAUCAAGUUGUAGAAAUGUGCUAUCAAAGGACUAAGAACUUCGAAAAAUUGGCUUUUCUUUACCUAAUAACUGGCAACUUGGAAAAGUUGCGUAAAAUGAUAAAAAUCGCAGAAAUUCGGAAAGAUAUAUCUGGACAAUAUCAAGGAAGUUUACUUCUUGGAGAUGUUUAUGAACGCGCUAAGAUUUUACGGAAUUCUGGACAAGCAUCAUUGGCAUAUGUUACCGAGAAAAUUCAUGGAAUAUCAAAUGAAGAUGAUGAUGGGGAAUAUCAGUCAAUGAGUGAAGAACUUUCUGCGCUAGAAAAAGGUGCCACGUACCUCCGUCCACCAGUACCUAUUCAGCAAGCUGAGAACAACUGGCCGUUGCUGACUGUUUCUAAAGGUUUCUUCGAAGGCGCAAUGAUGUCUCGCAGUAGAACUCAAGUAGCUGCCGCUCUUGCUCUGGAAGACAAUGGUGAAGCGACACCCGAAGGCUGGGGCAAUGAUGAGGAACUCGGUAUAGACGACGAAGAAGGUAUGGACGCGGAAGUUGCACCAGAAGGUGAAGAGAAUCCUGGAUGGGACGUCGAGGAUGUUGAUCUUCCACCUGAACUCGAAGCUGCAGUGACUUCCGAUGAGAGCCAUAAUUAUGAAUGUCUACCUACUAAAGGAGUCUCACCGCCGCAACAUUGGAUUACUAAUUCCAAAUUUGUAGUCGAUCAUAUUUUGGCUGGAUCGUUUGAAUCCGCUUUUAGAUUAUUGAAUAAUAAGGUUGGAGUAGUGGAGUUUGAGCCUUACCAAUCUCUGUUCUUAAGUACGUACGCACGCUCCAGAACGUCCUACGCAUGUUUACCUAACAUACCGUCGUUAUAUGGAUAUCCUCAAAGAAAUUGGAAGGAUACUAAUUGGAAAGAUGGCGCAUCUGCGAAAACAGGCUUACCUGCGGUAGGAUUGCAUCUUACCGAGCUAGUCCAGCGUCUUCAAGUGUGCUAUCAACUGACGACCAAUGGCAAAUUUGCUAAGGCGAUAGAAAAGUUACAGAGUAUUUUAUUAAGCGUACCACUACUCGUUGUUGAUACCAAACAGGAUAUUGCAGAAGCACAUCAGUUAGUUCAGAUCUGUCGCGAAUAUAUCUUAGGUUUAAAAAUGGAGACUGAACGUAAAAGUCUACCAAGAGCUACGUUAGCGGAACAGAAGAGGAUUUGUGAGAUGGCAGCUUACUUUACGCACUGUAAUUUGCAACCCGUACAUCAGAUUCUUACUCUUCAAGUAGCUGUAAAUUUAUUCUACAAAUUGAAGAAUUAUAAAACCGCCGCUUCGUUCGCGAGAAGAUUACUCGAGCUUGGACCAAAUCCAGAACUUGCGCACAAAAUUCGGGUUCUGUUACAGUCUUGUGAUAAGAAUCCAGUCGACGAACAUAAAUUAGCGUAUGACGAACACAAUCCAUUCUCAUUAUGCGCAAGCACGUACACACCUAUUUACAAAGGAAAGCCGGAAGUGAAGUGUCCCUUGUGCGGUGCCAGCUACAAUCCACAGUUUAAAGAUACAGUGUGUAAAAUAUGCGAAGUCGCCUUGAUAAGCAAAGAACAGUAAUAUUUAUAUCGUUAUCAAUUUAUGUAUUUUUAUAUCUAAAAAGUUGAAAGAUUCCUCUCAAAAAAUUUAUAGCUUUCCUUAAUUUUAAGAUGUUAUAUAUACACACAGUUUUAAUAAUUUAAAUAAAUUUAAAUUAGUGAUCAUGAGAAGCAAACAAUAUUUCUAGCUUUUACGAAAGUAGUUGUACUUUAGCAUUCCGUGAAAUGAAUAGCAACAAAGCAUGAACAUCAAACCAGGUAUUGUUCAUUAAUUGAGUAUGACAAUUCCUUUUGUAUAUUUUUAUCAUUUUUAUUUCGAUUUUGAGAAUUGCUAUGCUUUAUUAUACAUUGUUAAAAAUGGGACAUAAAACUUAUGAUAUGCAAUGUCAGAGAUAAAUAUUUCAAACCAUUAGGAUAAUAUGUAAAGAAAUAAAAUAAUAUUUGCGUAACAAA